CGUGGUCGCCCUAGCCCACGAUCGCAGCAUCUGGGUGGACAUAGCAACAAGGGUUCUGCUAGUGUCAUAGAUUAUUUAAAAAAAGAGCAGCUGUAGAGAGAGAGCAAGGCGGGAAGAAAGGCUUGGUCUGACUUUACAGGGGCCACGUUUAUUCACGGCGAGGGAGCAUUUUGUCACCCACAGAUGCAGAUAGCAAAAAUGCCUGCAGAGGAACAUGGGAUGCAGCCUCUUAGAGGGGCAGAAGUGGGUGGAAAUGACUUUGGUAGCCCACUAGGGAAGCUGGGAAGUGUAGUCUUCCAGCAGGAAACUAUCCAUCGUUUUUUGUUUUGUUUUUUGCUAGUGUGAGCUCAAAGGCUGGUUGAGUGUUAUUUAAAACAUCUCUCAGCAAAUGGUCAAAACCUCGGUUGGGGUGAGAGAUCAUAGCACACCCUUCUUUUAGUAGAAAGGUGGGAGAGAGGAGGCUGGCAAGUUUGUAUGCCGUGGAACUGUGGAAUGCCCAGGGUGAGUUGAGCUGAACACGGCUGGUGGGGUGCAGCGGGGUAGAAUUAGGAGGCAGGGUCCCUUCUGAGCAUGCUCCUGGGAACGAUUGGCAGAAUAAUAAAGAGAACGUCCUAAUCUAACCAGACAACACAUAGUAUGAGCAGAGGCAUCUCCUAGUCCAGGUGAACAGAUGCCAGAAGAUUGUUCAUCUGAAGGUUGCAGGUUUUAGGAUCAAAGGCAUGAGAUCCCAAGUGCUGGGAUUAAAGGGCCCCAGCAGAGAUGAAGGAGAGCAGCUGGCUGAUCCCCAGAGACACCACAUCCCUGUGACUCUAAGCACUGCAGGGCCAGACCAUCUGAAUCGUCAGUAUCAUGGAGCCUCCUGGAGAGAAGCCAGGAGAGACCGAGAUGCUGAGCAUCACACCCCAGCUGCUGAAGUCCCGCUCUGGAGAGUUUGCCCUUGAUUCCAUCCUGUUGCUGAAACUUCGGGGUUUGGGGCUGGUGGACCUGGGCUGUUUGGGGGAGUGCCUGAGCCUUGAGUGGCUUGACCUAUCAGGCAACGCACUUACCCACCUGGGCCCACUGGCAUCCCUGCGCCAGCUGGCUGUGCUCAAUGUCUCCAAUAAUCGGCUCACAGGGCUGGAGCCACUGGCAGCCUGUGAAAACCUGCAGAGCCUCAAUGUUGCUGGUAACCUGCUGGCUACUCCUAGCCAGCUGCAGUGUCUGGCUGGGCUGCAGGGCUUGGAGCACCUGAGGCUCCGGGACCCUUUGGCCCGGCUCAGCAACCCGCUGUGUGCCAGUCCCUCCUACUGGGCUGUGGUUCGAGAGAUGCUACCUGGUCUCAAAGUCAUAGAUGGGGAACGUGUGAGUGGGCAGGGCAGUGAGCUGUACCAGUUAUGCCGAGACCUGGACAGUUCCUUACGCCCCAGCUCCAGCCCAGGCCCCAGAGCAAUAGAGGCUCAGCCAUGGGUGGAUCCUGACUACUGGGAAUCCUGGCCCAUGCAGAACAGCUCCAUUUUGGAAGAGGCCUGCAGGCAGUUCCAGGACACACUGCAGGAAUGCCUUGACCUGGACCGGCAGGCCGGUGACUGCUUGGCCCAGGCCCAGCAGGCCCUGAGCCCGGCAGAAACCACCUCUUCCUUUGUCUUCUGAAUGCACCUCACAGCCCAGGUAUUCUCAUCAUCGUGAUGUUGCCUACAUCUCUUUCCUACCCCAUGCCCUUGCCUCUCUGGUUUUCUCUGGUCACUGACCUUGCAAAGUAGGUUGUUCAUUUACCCCUUUCUUGAGAGCAUCCUAACUCCGGCAUCUCCCCAAGGACACUUCCUGCCCUCCUUCCACACGAGCAGGGACAUGCUUUCCGGCUGGCCUCUAGCAGGUAUAGGAGAUUCCCCUCACGAUCUGGCAAAUGCUGCAGCCAGGCCCAGGGGCAUGCUGAGCCGGGGCUCUCCCAAGUGCCGAGCCUGAGGCUUUGUGGGCAAGGUUACUUGCCACCUGCUAACUGAUUAAAUAGUUCUCUGCUCAUUUGGA